CAUGGAAGAUACCAGUGAAGUGAUGGUUGAAGAAAUGCUACUGCACUGCCGGUCCGUUGCACGUGCGACUAAGGCUGCUUUCACCGUACGUUCCAUAUGAUGCCCAAAUCUGCUCUCUCUUUUCCUUCUUCAGCUGCCAACACUGUGCUCCUUCAGAUCGGCGACCUUCCAAUGGGUUCUUAUGAGAUCGCCCCAGCUCAAGCACUCGAGACAGCCAUCCGCUUCAAAAAGGAGGGCCGCAUGCAGGGGGUGAAAUUAGAGGGUGGCAAAGAAAUGGUACCCACGAUCGAGAAGAUCGUGGGCGUCGGCAUACCCGUUCUGGGCCAUGUCGGCUUGACACCCCAACGGCGGGAUAUCCUCGGCGGUUUCCGCGUCCAGGGCAAAACAGCGGCCUCCGCAGCCAAAAUUCUCGACGAUGCCCUCGCGCUUCAGGCAGCUGGCUGCUUUGCGAUCGUCGUCGAAGCCGUUCCAGCCGAAGUUGCCUCCUUCAUCACGCAAAAGCUGUCCAUUCCGACCAUCGGGAUUGGCGCCGGAAAUGGCUGCUCCGGUCAAGUGCUGGUUCAGGUCGACAUGACGGGCAACUUCCCGCCUGGCAGGCGCAUCCCCAAAUUUGUCAAGCAGUACGGUAACGUCUGGUCAGAGAGCUUCCGGGCUAUCGAGACGUAUCGGGAUGAGGUCAGAAGCCGGCAGUACCCCGCUCCGGAGCACACGUAUGAGAUGCCCCGGCAGGAAUUUGAACGGUUCGUUGAGACCGCCAAGGACGUGUGAGCACAUGUCCCGUGUCUGCAUUUUCGGGCGCUGGGGUUAAGCGUUGUAAAAUCUGAGCAUGUUGGCGUCGGCGGUAUUCUGAUAUAAAGCAUGACAACGGACCACAUCCGUUGGUAGCGAGCUCUGUAGCGGAUUGCAUUUAGCG